UGCAGAUUGUUAGCAGACCUAUGCGGCCGUGUAAAUUCUGUCCCGUGUGGAGGGGAAUGUUAGUGACUGUUAGAUGCCGAUCUUUUGCUUCCUCUGGACGUCAGGACAGUCCUAGGACACAAUCAUGAUGAUGAAUGGGAGCGUAAGAAGUAGGAGCGAGGUCUCCGAAUACAUGGAAGAGGAAAGCUUAAUCUGCAAAAGGCUGCCGAAAGAGCUCAUUUUGAGAAUAUUCUCGCAUUUAGACGUCGUGUCUCUGUGUCGGUGUGCUCAAGUUUCUAAGGCAUGGAACAUCCUUGCAUUGGAUGGGAGCAACUGGCAAAGAGUGGACUUGUUUGACUUCCAAGUAGACAUAGAGAGUUCAGUAGUUGAACACCUGUCCAGAAGAUGUGGCGGGUUCCUGAGACAACUGAGUCUGCGAGGGUGUCAGAGUGUACAGGACAGGGCACUAGAAAUAUUUGCUCAGAAUUGCAGAAACAUAGAGAGCCUUUGUCUUGCUGGGUGCAAAAAGAUUACCAAUGGGACCUGUAACAGUCUGGGAAAGUUCUCCCACAAGUUGUUGUGGUUAGACCUGGGCUCAUGUUCUCUCAUCACUGACAAUGCACUCAAGGCACUCAGUGAUGGCUGUCCCCUGUUGGAGUACCUGUCUAUAGCAUGGUGUGACCAAAUCACAGAAAACGGAAUAGAAGCUUUAGCAAGAGGGUGCAAUAAAUUACAAGUGCUCAUAGCCAAAGGUUGCAUAUUGCUGACAGACAGAGCCCUGAAGCACCUUGCCAGUUACUGUCCACUUGUUAGAACCCUGAACCUGCAUAGUUGCAAUAAUGUCACAGACGACGGGAUCAGACAUAUAAGCUCAGGCUGCCACCUGCUGGAGUCUCUGUGUGUGUCUGGCUGUACUCACCUGACAGAUGGAACACUGGUGGCACUGGGGGCAGGCUGCUACCAACUCAGAACACUAGAGUUGGCAGGGUGUUCUCAGUUCACAGACAACGGUUUCAUGGUGCUUGCUCGGAAUUGCCAUCACCUAGAGAGAAUGGACUUGGAAGAAUGUGUUCUGAUAACAGAUGCUACAUUAGGCCACCUCGCCGCUCACUGUCCAUGGUUGUCAAAGUUGAGUUUGUCGCACUGUGAGUUGAUAACAGACGAGGGCAUCAGACAGCUGGGGACAGGUGCGUGUGCACCUGAGCACCUGGAGGUCCUGGAACUCGACAACUGUCCGCUCAUCACAGACGCCUCGCUGGAGCACCUGAUGGGCUGCCAGAGUCUGGAGAGAAUCGAACUGUACGACUGUCAACUCAUCACAAGGGCCGGCAUCAGGAGACUCCGGGCCCAGCUUCCUAACAUCAAAGUCCACGCCUACUUCGCACCGGUCACCCCCCCACCCUCGGUCGGCGGCGGGCGGCAGCGCUACUGUCGCUGUUGUGUCAUCCUGUGAUCCGUUACAUCCACACGCCACAGGACUAACCUACGCUACAGGUUCCUACAAUUUGUGUAGGAAAACGUGUAUCUGCCACUGACUGCAAUGUUCCUCAGCAUGUUGGCAGAACGUACUGCACCUGCGUGAAACCUGUAAUGUAUUGUGCACAGCACUUGGGCAGAAUGUCUCAUAUAAGGUCGCAUUCUUUUAUAUAAGGUUAACAUUCCAUCUGUAGUUUUCAAAUGGUAUGUCUACAGUUUCCUACAAUUUGUGUAGAGAAAAAAUAA